GUCUUCUACGAUUUCCUCAAACGUCGGAGUCUCCGAAUUUUGAUUUGGUGUUAGUUAGCUAUCCUCGACAUUGAUUUUGCCCAGGUUUUCCUGCGACGGGCGCACUUGUCAUUCUAUAGAUUGCCAGAUUUCCCCCAACUUGUUUGUUUUUGAUUUGAAAUUUUUUAUUUAUUUUCAUUUUGACUCUUUCUUCCUCCAUCUCAACCCAUUCUCUCACCACGACCCAAUCAAACUUGGGGCAGCCGGCGCGUUCACUCCGCUGAAUAAUUAAACUUUUGGCGAUUACAGCGCCCGUGUUGAGGCGCAACCCGGCAACCCCCGUCUCGGUUGGCAACGGUCCGAUCUUCAGGAGCCCCGACCAUUUUUCUCUCUUUGACGGGAAUUGUCUUCCGCCCUUUGACAGGCGCCCGAAGUCACCGGAAAUCACAAAAGAGAUUGGAUGAAAAAGAAUCUGUGACUAGAUCUAGAACCAGUACCACCGUUCUUAAAUGCCCCGCCCGAGGAAGCCCGGGGCGCCGAGUCCGAAGCGGCGUAGCAGAAAUGGCUGUUGGCCGUGCAAAUCUAGAAAAAUAAAAUGCGACGAGGCACGACCGAUUUGCGUCAACUGCUCCAAGGCAUCAGUGACAUGCGACUACAGCAUUCGUCUCAACUGGGAAGGUAGGCGAACGAAGCAGGCUGAUACACACACGCCUGAGUCCCAAGAUGAGUCGACAGGCGGCCAUCAUGGGCCUACCACACCGUCAGUGUACGCGGAUAGCUCUGCUUCAUCACCAGGCCUCAGCAGUGUCGGUACGCCUGGGUGGUUUUCGACGUGGCAGGUGAAUGGGGUAGACGACCAGCCGAGCAGGCCGCGGAAGAGAGUUCGAGUAGAUGCGGACGCUUCAAUGGCGGGCGCGCUCUCCUCGCCGUCCAUGUCCUCACCUGCCAACAGUCCUGUCCCUCCACUUAGGCCGACGUCCACGGGCCACCAUUCCCGUCGACUUUCAGUCAACUCUCUCCUCCUGGGGCCUCCUGGACCCCUGGAGAAUAUUGGCCCGAUAAUACCCAGCUUCCCCGCAGGAGAGAAGAUCCUGUCCCCCAUACAGGCCGGCUCGGACGACUCUUACACCUGUUAUGGGAUCGACCGAGGGCUCGUGGAUCUGGAUGUCAUCAAGAAUGACGACUUCAACGCCAUUUCUAGGACCUAUCCCCAGGACGUGGACGAGAUCGUCUGUCUGCUGGAGCAGCUCGGAAGGUCUACUGACAGUCGCAGCACUCAACGGUCAAAGCAUCAACCGCAUGCGCGUGAUGAAAAUGGUCGUCCGUUAGAGGGCCAUCAUUAUGCCAAACCGGUCGUGGUGCGGAUCCCACGAAAGCUCGAGCCGUUGCCGUCAAAACUAUUGGGCAAUCCUAUGAAUAUGAUGUAUUUUCAUCACUUUCUCAAUCAUACUGCAGAAGUUUUGGUUCCGUUUGACGGACCACAGUCGAACCCGUUUCGCACAAUAUUGCCCCGAUUGGCAGUCAAGAAUGACCACCUUCUCAGCCUAAUGCUUGCAUAUUCUGCAUCCCACCGCGCAAAGCUCGUCUGUCAGCCCGAGCCGGCAACCCGCAUCGCCCUCUGGGUGCAGGACAUCUUCCCGGCCCUGCGCUCGGCCCUCAACGACCCGAACCAGAGCAUCUCAAACACAAACGUCGCGACGGCCAUCAUGCUCGCGUCGGUCGAGAUCAUAUCCCCGACGGCCUUCGGGUACGCCAUACCCUGGCAGCGCCACCUGGCCCUGGCCCGGGACCUCAUCACGGCCCGGCCGGGAGGGCUGCGCUGGUCCCGCUCCGUCGGCAGCAGCACCGCUGCCGCCGAGCAUGACGAGAUCCAAAUGUGCAACUUCCUCUGGAGCUGGUUCGCCUACCUCGACGUCCUGGGCAGCCUCUCGGGCGGCGGCGAGCGCGACGUCUCGUCGGCCUGGAUUCUGGAUUACAAAGUCUACGCCCCCGAGGACGACGACGAGAUCGACUGCAUCAUGGGCUUCUCCACCGGCUGUAUCUACAUCCUCGCCAAGAUUGCUGAGCUGGCCCGCCAGGAGAAGAAAAAACAGCAGCAGCAGCAGCAGCAGCAGCAGCGCGCGGCGAGUAUAAAAGGAGCAGCCCCCUCCCAGACGCCAUGGCAAACCAUCCCCGACGAAGCAACGCUGGCUGCUGCCCGCGAGCUCGAGCGGGACCUGGCGCGGUCCAUCGCGCUCCCGCCGCGGCCGUGCCCCCACAUCAUGGGCACCCCGGACGUCGCCCACUGGAACCCGGGCGAGAUAUCGGCCGUCAACCGGGCGUACCACCACGCCGGCUCCGUGCACCUGCAGCGCCGGGUCCUGGGAAAGCCCGCGUCGCAUCCGGACGUGUGCAGGCCCGUCGGGGAAAUCGUGCGCUGCCUGGACGAGAUCUCGAGGGGCGGCACCGCCGAGACCAGCAUGCUCUUCCCCCUGUUCACGGUGGGCUGCGAGACGGACGACGAGGACCAGAGGCGCGUCGUGCUGGACCGGGUCACCUGUAUCGAGAGGACGGGGAUGGAACAGAACCGGCGGGCCAGGGAACUCAUGCAAAGGGUAUGGAGGACGGGCCAACCUUGGGAGACACUGUUGACGACCGAGUUUAUUGGUUAACACAUCGAAAAACAUACUUAAUUAAAAACAACACGUCAUUGAUGACGGCGAACUCAAAGACGAUAGCUUGUGACAAAUGAACAGACUUGUAGCUUGUAUUAUGCUGCUGGGAUGUGCGCC